CCCCGCCUCCUUCCCUAGCACACGCCGCCUCUAAUUCUUCUCCCUCCCCCUCCUCCUCGUCUUCCUCGCCUCUGCUGCUGCUGGGGUUGCCGUGGAGCGGCGGGGGUUCCAUCUCCGCGGCCUGCUCCUCCUCCUCCCGCCGCCGCGCCGAUUCCUUCUUCCCCCGCAGGGCUCAAGAUGAUCGGUUCAAUCAUUACCGGAGCUCUAACACUUGUCCUUGGAUAUGCAUACCCAGCCUAUGACUGCUACAAGACGGUGGAGCUAAACAGGCCUGAGGUCGAGCAGUUGCGUUUCUGGUGUCAGUACUGGAUUUUACUUUCAGUUCUCACUGUACUGGAGAGAGUUGGGGAAAAUUUCGUGUCAUGGUUACCAAUGUAUAGUGAAGCAAAGCUGGUAUUUAUUGUGUACUUGUGGUAUCCAAAGACACGUGGGACUGCUUAUGUGUACGAGUCUUUCUUCAAGCCAUACAUUGCAAAACAUGAAACUGAGAUUGAUCGAAAUCUGCUUGAGUUGAGGACAAGAGCCGGUGACAUGGCGGUUCUUUACUUCCAGAAGGUUGCAAACUAUGUCCAGACAAGGUCCUAUGAAAUCUUGCAGUAUAUUGCCUCACAGUCACAGUCUCAAAGACCUCGCUCUCAGGGACAGCAACAGCAGCAGCGCCCACCUCCACCACGGACUCGGCAGGUGAACCCUGGACCUCCACCCGUUCCCGCGCCAUCAGCGCCUCCGAUGCCACCACAGCCUGCCCAAGCCCAAGUUCCUCCAGCUCCACCAAGGGCCCCAGUUCCAGUUGCCCCUCCUGGUGCAGUGCCUCCCGCCCAGCCACAGCCACCACCUGCUCCUGGAGCUGCCACCACCAAUGGUCCUCAGAACACCGAAGCCAUGCAGGUCGACCCACCCCGAGCAUCCACGAGCGCCGCACCGCCAUCACUACCAUCUGAGGAGACUCUCAUUGAGGAGGCGAUCCGGCUGACGCGGGGCCGGCUCAGGAGGCGCAUGGCUGGAGGAUCUGGACCACCGCCGAGUUAGCAUUGACCAAGGCUCAUCUCACGCGUGUCCAAGGCUCAUCUCACGCGUGUCGCUCUACAGACUACACUGAGCUGGUUCUGUUGCUCAACUGAAAAGAGAUGGGGGGAACGCUGAGUUGGUUAAACAGAUUUCGGUUUCCUAGCAUUCGUUCCUACUGUACAAACUGGAAUCAGUUUGGUGUUGUUUCACGGCUCAAAUUGUGAAUAGAUCCCAGGAACAAAAGUGGAUGCUCAUAGAUUGGUCCACAGGAUAGCACUAGGAAGUGCGAUUGGGCACAUCUGUUGCAGACAUGUCUGAACUCUGAAGUGGGCGGAUGCUGCAGGUCUGAAUACGUGUGCUCUGAUCUGGUCCUUGAAGAACAAAAGAUUUAUUUGUACGCAUUAGCAAAGAUGAUAGUAAUGGAUACUGUAGUUUUGAAUCCAAAUCUGAAGACGUUGCAGCACCAGCGAGUGGC